AUGCCACCACCACUUCCAAACGACGUUAUCCAACAUGUGCUAGCUAACCUUCCCAUUAAACAGAUUUAUUUGCUACGAGGUGUAAACCGAGAUUGGUAUUCUAUCUAUGAGCACGCUAUUAAACAGCAUCUUUCUAUUUCUGAUUCUAAGAUUCUAGUUAGGCUCGGUCCGUCUUCAAAAGCUAAAGAUCCCAACUUUUCUAUUGCAUUAGAUUGUGUUGCUUUCGACCCUGAGACUAGGAUUUUUACCUUUAAACCUAUAGUUAAUUCAAAACCGAUUUAUUGUAAUCCACGUCACCUUCGUCAAGUUAAAGUCUUGUAUACUGAAUGGAUAGGAAUUGAUGCAAAAAUUCAUAAUGGUAUAGAUAUUUCAUCAAAUUAUAUAUCACAAGUUGGAGGUUACGAUCUAUCUGACCUAGAAAUUAGUAAAUAUGCAAGAAUUAAAUUUCAUCAUGAUUAUGUUGAAGCAGUUCAAAAAUAUUAUUACUUAGAAGAAACACCCAGUAUUGGUAGAGAAAUUUCUACCUAUCUAGGAGAUUGCGAUAUGAUUUUAAAAUGUCAUCUUAAAGAUUCAGUUGUUUUGUCCGAAGAAAACAUUCCUGAUAUAGAGCAUUUUGAUAACCAAUCUCAUAUUUCCUCUUUCAGUGUUGAUUUCAUUCAAGUUCAUACAUCUUGGCUUAUUGGCGGAACUACUACCAGAAUCCUUCCAACUAGUUUCCAUUCAAAAAUUUAUCCUUUCCGAUAUUCUUUUCUUAACAAUAUUACUUUACAAAAAGAUAUUCAAAAAUAUAAUCCUUAUUCUCCAAAAGUCAUCAGAUGGAUACUUUCAGGCUGCAUGAUCGAUGAUCAACAGACUAUUGAACUCUGUCAAUAUCUCAAUGAAACAAAAGGUGAUUUUACAAUUCGCGAUAAAUUUCAACGGGAAUUGGAAAAAAGAAAUAUAGAAAAACAAAUUAUGUGGAAAUAUUCUCUUGUAGCAAGAUUUUUUUGUGAUCCUGAGAACUCUUCAGAUACUUUCGAGAGUAUAUUAGAUAAAGUAGUUCGUGCUGAAGAAGACGAAAAAGAAAAAGCAAGAAAGUUUAAUCCCAAUUUAACAAAGUUGUAUUAA